GAGCGAGCUCGGGAGGUGCGGGCGCGGGCGCGGGCGGGAAGAGGAGGGCGGCGCGCGGAGGGAGGUGAGGCGAGCGGAGCCGGCAGGGAGGAGGAGGCCGGCGACGGAGGCCCCGCCCCCGCCUCGCCGAGCCGGCUUCUUGCCGCCUCCAAGCCCGCUCACUUUGCUUCUUGCCUCUGGACGGCGGUGGGGCGCUUGCCGGAGAGAGGGAGCGUCGGAGACCCCCGCACCGGCGCGUACGUUCGGCGCCCGCGCCCCCCUCAGGGAGGUUGGCGCCGCCGCCUGAGGAGAGGGCGUCCCGGCCCCGGAGGGGGCAUCCCCCGGGCGCGAGGGGCGGCGGCGCUGACACAGCCUCGUUCGCGGCGGCUCGGGGCGCAGCGCUGGCGCCGGAGGGGGACUCGGCGGCCGCCCGCAGGUACAGCCGCGCGGAGGGCGCGUCGCUAGCCGCGGCACUGGGCUGCCGAGGACGCUGGAGCUGAGGGGCCCGCGGCCAGCGAAGGGGCAGGAGGAGCCGAGCCCCGAGAGAGCGCGGGCCCCGACGGCGCGCUCCCCGGUUCUGCCAAGGGCAGGCAGGCCCCGCGCGGCGGCCGGGGGGCGCCCCGGGCGCCCAGCCAUGACCUUCGGGCGCAGCGGGGCGGCCUCGGUGGUGCUGAACGUGGGCGGCGCCCGGUACUCGCUGUCCCGGGAGCUGUUGAAGGACUUCCCGCUGCGCCGCGUGAGCCGGCUGCACGGCUGCCGCUCGGAGCGCGACGUGCUCGAGGUGUGCGACGACUACGACCGCGAGCGCAACGAGUACUUCUUCGACCGGCACUCGGAGGCCUUCGGCUUCAUCCUGCUCUACGUGCGCGGCCACGGCAAGCUGCGCUUCGCGCCGCGGAUGUGCGAGCUCUCCUUCUACAACGAGAUGAUCUAUUGGGGCCUGGAGGGCGCGCACCUCGAGUACUGCUGCCAGCGCCGCCUCGACGACCGCAUGUCCGACACCUACACCUUCUACUCGGCCGACGAGCCUGGCGCUCUGGGCCGGGACGAGGCGCGGCCCGGCGCGGCCGACUCGGCGCCGUCGCGGCGCUGGCUGGAGCGCAUGCGGCGGACCUUCGAGGAGCCCACGUCGUCGCUGGCCGCGCAGAUCCUGGCCAGCGUGUCGGUGGUGUUCGUGAUAGUGUCCAUGGUGGUGCUGUGCGCCAGCACGCUGCCCGACUGGCGCGCCGCGGCCGCCGACAACCGCAGCCUGGAUGACCGGAGCAGGUACUCCGCCGGCCCUGGGAGGGAGCCCUCCGGGGUAAUUGAAGCUAUCUGCAUAGGCUGGUUCACGGCGGAGUGCAUCGUGAGGUUCCUUGUCUCCAAAAACAAGUGUGAGUUUGUCAAGAGACCCCUGAACAUCAUUGAUUUGCUGGCGAUCACGCCGUAUUACAUCUCCGUGCUGAUGACAGUGUUCACAGGCGAGAACUCUCAACUCCAGAGGGCUGGUGUCACCCUGAGGGUGCUUAGAAUGAUGAGGAUUUUUUGGGUGAUUAAGCUUGCCCGUCACUUCAUUGGUCUUCAGACACUUGGUUUGACUCUCAAACGAUGUUACCGGGAGAUGGUUAUGUUACUUGUCUUCAUUUGUGUUGCCAUGGCAAUUUUUAGUGCACUUUCUCAGCUUCUUGAACAUGGGUUGGACCUGGAAACAUCCAACAAGGACUUCGCCAGCAUCCCUGCUGCCUGCUGGUGGGUGAUUAUCUCUAUGACUACAGUUGGCUAUGGAGAUAUGUAUCCUAUCACAGUGCCUGGAAGAAUCCUUGGAGGAGUUUGUGUUGUCAGUGGAAUUGUUCUAUUGGCGUUACCUAUCACUUUUAUCUACCAUAGCUUUGUGCAGUGUUAUCAUGAGCUCAAGUUUAGAUCAGCUAGAUAUAGUAGGAGCCUCUCUGCAGAGUUCCUGAAUUAAUGCAUUGCAAAUCAAUCCUUGCAUACACUGGGUUUGAUAAGAAAGAGUUGAUGCUACUUCAUAUUCAUGCGUUUCUUGCUGGGUGAGCACUGCAGUGGCAUUGUUAUCAUCUUGGUAGGGCAAAAAUUAUCCUUCCCAGCUGAAGGGAUAAAGCUGUUUACUUCUAAUGGAGUAACUAGGAUCAAGACUGCAAAGGAAGAGUAACGACCCCUAGAGUAAACUUGAGGACCUCAUUUGUUUAGACUUGGCUCCUCCUCCCCUUGAACAAUUACAUUUUUUGAAGUGCAUUAUUUGAACAUUUUAGAACAGAAAGAUACUAUUUUCCAAAUGUUUCUCCAUCUUAUGAAUUCAGAAGAAGCUUGGAACUUACAGUGUUAUUUUUUGAGAGCAACAUUUUCAUUUCUAAAUGUUUUAUAAUUUCUCAUAUCAAUGUCAGAAGUAUUCUGGAAACAUAUGUCACAUGCAGGAACUGUUUAACAAAUACUUAAAAAUUUUGGCUAAAAUUGAAACUGUAUAAUGGAGCUAGACACAAGUGACAAAGCUAUUUGAAAAGCUUUCCCAGCGUACUUCUCAACUCUGCUUUAUUUUUGUGCCUAUUCACCUUUUCAUACAGCUUCAUGAAAGCUUGGGUGCGUUCUCUCCUUUCCAGUUUGGAUUUCUUUUAUCUCUACUGAAGUGACUCAGAAAAGUAUUUAAGAAUCAAGAGAAUUUCAUGUCACUUAACAUUUUAUUGGAUAAUUUUUGCCUUCAUGCCUUUAUUAGGUGAUAAUUGUCCUGACAUUCAGAUGUCCAAACAAUAUUUCUAACAUAAAAAUGAAAAUAGAAACAAUUUGAUAUUACUCAAUAUUACAACCAUAUUUAUCUUUUUCUGUUAACUUUGCCCCCAACACAAUGGGUUUAAUAAGACAUCCAACAUGAAAGCCUUUUGAUACCAAAGUCAUACUUAUAUGUUAUCACCAGAUUAUCUUUAAGAAAGGAAGUAGAUAUAGUUUACUCUUAGUUGCUGUGUAGCUAAGUCAAUUUGAAGCCAGCUAAAAGCAGCAAAGAUGUAAUUAUUUGAUCUUCACCAUUCGGAAUCACAGCUACAACAGAACCCUUCUUGUCAGAAUAUCAAGUAAUAUACCGUAUUAAUCUGGCUAGGCUAUUAGGACUAGAGAAUAUAAAACUGGCGAUUGUUUCAUGCUAAUUUCAGCAGUAGGAAUUACAGUUUUGCCUUUUCAGCCAGUUGCUAUAAAGAACUCAUAUAUAAACACAAAAGAAUUAAAGUUACAGAUUCAUAAAUCAUUUAAGGCUCACACUGUAACUUAUCAGGGACAUAAGAGAGGGGCUGGGAAGGGUUGGGUAGGACAGGGGACCUGGACAUAUUUAUCAAAGAAAAGCUUACCAGAAGUGUUCAUUAAAGGAAUAUUAGCCAUCCUGUAGU